CUAUCAUCAGCAAUGUGCUGUCAAGAUGGAAGCCUCGGAUAAUCCACUACAUGCAGAUUUUAUGUUUGCAUGGAUCUGCGCCCUGCCGCUCGAGUUAGCCGCCGCGUCGGCAGUGCUUGAUGAAACCUAUCCCAGCCUCCCUGCUACCACUGUUCAUAAUGCCUACGUUCUCGGGAAAAUUGAGAAUCACAAUAUUGUUUUGACUUGCUUACCUGCCGGCAUAUAUGGUACAACGUCGGCAACAGCUGUCGUGUCUCACCUACAGUCGACUUUUCCAAAUCUUCGCUAUGGGAUUCUGGUCGGCAUUGGAGGUGGUGUACCAAGCAAGAGAAUUGAUGUUCGGCUAGGAGAUGUGGUGGUCAGCAAGCCUAUUAGCAGUUCGGGCGGAGUUAUACAGUACGAUUUCGGAAAAGCAAUCAAAGGUGGACACUUCCAGCGUAUCGGCAUGCUGAACCAGCCACCGAUGGUCUUUUUGACUGCCGUCUCGCAAAUAGAGGCGAACUAUAUGAGGAGUAAAGAUGGUCUCAUUCUCGCUGAGGUGGCCGAAGUGCUCCAUCGGAAUCCAGACAUGGAAAAGACCUUUUCUAGACCAUCAGUGGGGGACCGCCUCUUUCGCUCAACAUAUGAUCAUCCAAGCUCCGAGAGUUCUUGCAUCGCAUGUGAUCCCACAGAAGAAGUUAAUCGUGUCCCACGGGUGUCGAAAGAGCCGCAGGUUCAUUACGGCACCAUAGCAUCUGGAAAUCGGGUGAUCAAAGACGGUCGCGAGCGAGAUACGAUCGCCCAGGAGUUUGAUACGCUCUGUUUCGAAAUGGAAUCUGCAGGUAUCAUGAACCACCUCCCAUGUCUUGUAAUUCGCGGCAUCUGCGACUAUUGCGACUCGCAUAAAAAUAAGGAGUGGCAGGGAUAUGCAGCGCUUGUUGCUGCCAUAUAUGCCAAAUCCCUUCUCUCUGCGAUACCGGUGGUCCGCAGCCAACCAGAGAAGAUGCAAAAGAGAGGGGGUUGGACGGUCCCCUUCAGCCGAAAUCCACGAUUUAUGGGUCGAGAUUCUGAAGUAGACUGGUUGAAAACUCGAGUCCUUUCUCGAAACUACGCUAGAAAGGCAGCAAUCUCAGGUCUUGGGGGGAUUGGGAAAACCCAGAUUGCAGUUGAACUAGCUCACCGGAUUAGAGGGCAUUAUCCAAUGCGCUCUGUCUUUUGGAUUCGGUCUCUCAACUUAAAGUCCGUUGACCAAGCAUUUUUGAACAUUGGGGAACAACUAGGAAUGAAGAAUGCGAAGGCCACAAACGUAAAAACAUGGGUGAAGGCAUAUCUAAGCUCCAAAAAGGCUGGUUCGUGGCUACUCAUCAUUGAUGAUGCAAAUAAUCCAGAUAUGUGGAUAUGCUCCAAAUCCUCAUCACCAGCACUCACAACCUUUCUGCCCCAAAACCAAGAUGGAUUUAUUCUUUUCACUACUCGAAAUCAACAGCUCGCGACAAAAUUAGCAGGACCUGAUAUCAUGAGGGUAUCUGAAAUAGACAAUGUAGCUGCAAUCAAAUUGCUACACCGAUCUCUAGUCCAAGACACUUUGUUAACAGAUGAGACAUCUGUUUACACACUACACUCACUAGUAAGAUGUUUUCCUGCCCAAGCUAUACGAAUUUCCCUUCACGGAACAUAAUUAGGCGGUCUCAGUAGGCAGAACUGGCAGCCCACCAGGCAUCCAAAGUUGUUAACACUGGAUUAGAA